AUGCAUAUUCCGGUUUUGCCUCACGAGACUAUCGCUGCUUUUUCACGAAAUAUCAAGGACGUUACUGAACCACGUUGUUUCGUAGACGGCACCGUAGGCUUUGGAGGCCAUUCCAAAGCCAUUUUGCAACACUUUACGAAUGCUAUAAUUCUCUGUGUGGAUCGAGAUCCUGAAGUUUUAAGCAUCGCUCAAGCAAAUUUGGCUGAAUUUCAUGGCCGUGUGAGCUUCUCGAAUGGCUCGUACAUUGAUUUAGAGACGCACUUGGAGGCGAAUGGAUUUCCAACUGAAGUUGACGGGAUUUUACUUGAUCUAGGGGCAAAUAGCUUCCAUUUUGAUGCCGCGAGACGUGGAUUUAGUGUGCUUAAUGAUGGGCCAUUGGACAUGAGGUUUAAUCAGCAAGAUACCCAACUCGAGACAGCAGCGAAUGCAGUGAAUACGUUGUCCGAAGUGCAGCUUACGAAGAUUUUUAGGGAUUUUGGAGAGGAAAAACUGGCAAAGGAGUUUGCAAAGGCGAUUGUGCGAGAACGAGAGGAACGAGGCAAUAUGUUCGAGACAACAAAGGAUCUACGGGAUUGUAUUGAACGCAUUGCUAAUAUGUGGAAGUCAGUGGGUAAGGGCAAGAAGAGCAAGAGGAAGGGCAAACUUACGAGCAAGUUUGGAAGUAUACAUCCAGCUACACGUUGUUUUCAAGCACUGCGAAUUUACGUGAACGACGAGCUCACUCACGUCGAAAGUGGCGUCAAACAACUUGUCAACCACUUAGCUCUAAAUGGACGACUCUUGACAAUUGCAUUUCAUUCGUUAGAGGAUCGGUCGAUCAAGCAUUUCUUCCGUGAACUCGACAAGCAAGGCAGGACCAACGUAGAUGAGGAUGAGGAUGAAGAGUGGAAAGAAGAAGACAGCGAUGAAAAAGCCGAGAAUGAAUCACGAAACGAUGUCAAUCCACUCUGUAGAAAGCGCUUUCGCCUUGCACGACGAAAAGCUACCAAGGCUACUGCUGAAGAGGUCGCGAUCAACUCACGUUCGCGCAGUGCACGUCUGCGCUGUCUUGAGCGCAUUCAGUAG